AAUAAUAAAAACGGUUAUAUGUGAUGCAACAAUUAUUAGUAGCCUUAUUGUUACGAAGAGGAAUUUUCCUGAUACGAAAUGUAUUAGUAAAGUUUUAAUGUUACUGUAAACCCUGUAACGUAAUGAAAUGGAGAAUUAGGCCACGCUUUCUUAUGUAAAAUCCUAUUUUUUCUGUGGCGUGAAACUAGCCCACCUUAAAGCGAAAAUAUAAUUAAUUAGGAUGAUGUUUUGCCCAUAUUUCUCAGUGGGUCUUUAGAGUGCCAAUUCGCAUUUUAGUAACGUCCCAUUUGUGUUGCAUUUGAAAAAUAGCCAAGUCUACAUGUCCAAACGGACUCCAUUAGAGUCUUGGUAGUGGCUACCCUAUGGCUAAGAAGCACUUGGAAGUAAAAUGACAGUGUCAUUGUGCUGUCGGUUGUGUUGAAAUCGUGCCAAGCGUAGUUUGCCUUUGUCAAAAAAUGUCUGUUGAAGAAAUGAAAUGAUUAUUUUAGGUGUGCUGCUGCCAAACCACACAUCGCGGAAUGGAAAUAAUAUUUUUUGGUCUUUUCUCCCUGAACUCUUGAGACUUGGAUGCACAUAUGAGGAUAUAUCUGAGCAGUCUGGAUGUACAAAGUGAAUAAACACUGCCCAUUUUGAUUUCGCCUGCUUGUGCCGAUUUGGCAGCUCGUUUGCUGGAUCUUCUCGUUUCUUUUCGGACUGUAUAGUAAGAAAAACCUUCCUGCAUUCUCCUCCUUCGACGAGGCGAGUGUGGAGUAGAUGCUCUACCAUGAGAUAUUUUGCAAGUUGUAAUCUGACGCCUUGAAGUCAAAGAGGCGGCGAUAUUUGGCAGCGCAUAAGCGGCACAUAUCAAAGCAUUUUCACUGCGAGAUUUGAAAACGGAGUCGUGUGGUGAACGCCUGCGUGUCCCUUUUAAAACAAACCCAGUCGCUGUCAAUCACCGGGCAUUCCAACCAAUCCCCAAGCGCCCUUUUUUUAAACCCAGGUUUGCCUGCUGUGCUUUUAUAUUGCAGCCUGGCCUGGUUCGGAGCAUUUUACUACCACGGUUAUUGCCACAAAUCAAGAGGGCAAAGUGAACGGCAUGGGACUCGCACCGGCUCUAACGAACUCGGGUCCGAUUCGUGCGUCCGCGAGGUUCACGGCCGAGCGCUGCACGUGCAGAUGAUACACGGGCUGGGCAGGGGCCAAUGGGGGACACGGUCUUGUAGGGGAAAAAAGCUCGAGCGUGAAAAGGUUCGGUUGAUUUUGCAGACCCACAGCCAAACUUACCACAAAUAACAAUGACAAGCCUGUCGAGGUUUAGUGGCUGCCCUCUUUCUUGCGUCAACCCUGGGGAGAGCAAUACUGAACCCAGUGUGGUGCUGCCACCUUUGGCAGGGGAGCACAUGGGGCACCCCACUGGCACUUCCUUAAAACUCUGCCCCUCGCACAAUCUGCGAGACUACCCCGAGACGAGGGCCACUGCUUAUGUUGACCAUUCGGCCCCCCACUUUGCAGACCCUGGAUACACGAGCCACCGCUUAGAAGCCAGUCCUAGGGGCAUUAUCAUUGGGACAAAUCUGUCAGGAACGGGCAUGCCACCCGUGGCCGAGCAACUGGCGCCAAGAGCCAACCAACAUGGCGCGAUUGGAAGGUACCGUGACCUCCACGGCUACAGAGAUGGCAGGAGCCACGCGUUCUUCGCCACGUACCAAGAGCAGGCCCAUAGCUCCGCCGCGGCUGACGCCGCCCGAGACCUCAGCAGCCAAGUCAUGUUGGGUCUUCCAGGAGAGAUUCUCUCGAGGGCGCAUCCGUAUGGCCAGGCGCACGGCGGCGGCCCUCGGGCCAACGGCCAACAGCUGGUCACCCAGUUCUUGGGGCUCUACAAGCCGCUGAACAUGGCCAUGCAGCGGGGCGGGGGUGACGCGUUCCUCAGGUGCUCCAGGCAGAACCUCGCGCACGAGCUGGUGUGCAAGUGGCGGGACGGCCAAGAAGGUGCUGGCAAGCCGCCAUGUGCCAGGACCUUUGGGACCAUGUACGAACUUGUCACGCAUGUGACGAUCGAGCACGUCGGGGGACCAGAGCACUCCGAAUAUGUGUGCCACUGGGAGAACUGUCCACGAGACAGAAAGCCGUUCAAAGCCAAGUACAAGCUGGUCAACCACGUCAGAGUGCACACGGGGGAAAAGCCCUUCCCCUGCCCGUUCCAUGGAUGUGAGAAAGUUUUCGCCCGGUCCGAGAACCUCAAGAUUCACAAGAGAACACAUACAGGUGAAAAACCGUUUAAAUGCGAGUUUGAGGGCUGCACUCGGAGGUUCGCGAACAGCAGUGACCGGAAGAAGCACUCUCACGUGCACUCCAGUGAUAAACCCUACACGUGCAAGGUCAGAGGCUGCGAGAAAUGUUACACGCACCCCAGCUCCCUGCGAAAACACAUGAAACUGCACUGCAAGGCCUACGUUGGCAAAAUGGGCGAGGAUGGGGAGCACCUCGGCAGGCCCGGCUCUCCCGAGGUGACCGAACAGCAGGACACGUCCUCCUUGCCACCAGCCCCUCCUCAAGAGCCCCCGUCCCCAGAGGCCCUGAGCGAGCCGGCCCUGAGGUCCCGCUACCAUCACUCGUUUGACAACAGCUUGGACUACACGGCGCACAGGCCGCAGUCCCUUCUGGACCCUUUGCUGAUCCACCGAGGCAAUUACAGGACCGAGACUGGCCAGUACCCGUGUGGCCAAGCGAGCCCCACUCUGGGCCCUAGCCACAGGACCUUCUCGCCACACUCACCUUUCCAAAAGAGUCUUGUGAACGGUUGGUACACGUGCCAUGGUGGUGUGGAGACUUUCUCGUCCAAGCAAUGUAAUAAUAAUGUAUGACGUGCGCUCGGUCAACAGGAGGAAUUUGGGAAUGAGCAGCGGGGGUGGGCUGGGGUGGUGUUAUGGCCAUGACCAGGUCAUUUAGACAUGAAUUCAACAUGUAUGACAGCAUUUCGGCUUUAGAUAGCUGGAUAGACGUGGUCUUUGGUGCCAAAGUGUCCUAUAUGUCAGCUGGCUAAUUAGCAUAUAGUGCAAUUUGAUUGCUGUGAGCUUUAUCCGUUGUACAUGACCGUUAUUCGUGUUGUUGAACUGUUGAACUGUGUUGAUGUUUUUAACUGAAGCUUAGAGUGCUUAUUCUGCUCUUUACUUAAUUUGAAAUGUUGUUAGAAAUAGCCUAUACAUGCUCCCCUGUUUCUGCUGUUCAUAAAAUACAAUAUUUUAUGAAACUGACGAAUUCAGACAGAUAUAUAAAAGGUCACGUCUUUUUGUAUGUAUAAGAGGAUUUUACACGAACGUCCUGAGAUGUUUUUAAGGAGACGCAUAAUCAAGUGUGUUGCUAUGGCUAAUAGCCUAAUGUGGUGCAAAUGCUAUUCAAGCCUACUCAAUGAAUGUUACCAACGAUUUUUUAUUUAUUUAUUAUUUUUGUGUAUUUUUGUUCAUUAAAGCCUGACUCCAGUUUAUUUUUCUGGCAGAGACUCAAAAAUAUAUAUAUAUAUAUUUUUUUGUUAUCAACCCCCGGUGGGUGAGAUGAGACUUGGCCUACUUGACUGGAGAACCUUUUGUUUUAUAGACACCAGUGCACCACAAAACCCCUGCUCUCCUUUUGUAUGUGUCGACACUAUUUCCUACUUUUGUGAAAUUGCUAAAUAUAUAUAAAUAUACUUUCUUUUCGGUGGAUAGCAUUUACAGUCUCUCUUCCAGUCUCUCAUAAGAAUUAAAAUGUUUAAUUAAAAUUCCACUGUAUAUAUACUGUAUCAUUAAUUAUGCAUUCAAGAUUUCAUUAAAGUGUCUCUAUUCUCUUUGA